AUGCCACCAGUAAUUAAGCCUACACCGAAAACUUGGAAGGAAACCAAUCGUUUACAUAAAGAACAGCGAAAGAAAUGGAAGGAAGAGAGGUUAGCAAAAAGGCUUAAGAAAGAAGAAACUAAAAAAGAAUUAAAGGAUGAAGUGGCUAAACCUGUCGAAAGUCAUUUCGAAAAAAAAGACAUUUCGACUUUGAGUAUCGCAGUUCCUGGUUCAAUUUUAGACAAUGCUCAGUCACCAGAAUUACGAACAUAUUUGGCAGGACAAAUAGCACGUGCCGCAUGUAUUUAUAAAAUAAACGAAAUCAUCGUUUUUAACGAUAAAGGAGAGAUAAUUGAAAGUGAAAAGAAGAAAAUAAGAAAUGACGAAUUCUUAGGUGAAAGACGAGUUGAAUGUUUGCAAUUAGCUAAAAUAUUGCAGUAUCUUGAAUGUCCACAAUAUUUAAGGAAGUAUUUCUUUCCGAUUCAUAAAGAUUUGCAGUAUGCUGGAGUAUUAAAUCCUUUGGAUGCUCCACAUCACUUACGUCAGCAAGAUAUAUCUUUGUAUAGAGAAGGAGUAGUUACAAAUAAGCCAGUUAAACCUGGCAAAGGUUCACAUGUGAAUGUAGGAUUAUUAAAUGAUGUUUCUGUGGAUAAAGUAUUAAUGGAUGGAUUAAGGGUUACAGUGAAGAUACCCAAAGACCAACCAAAUCCAAAAAAAAUAAAAGGCUUCAUUGUUCCACCUGAUGUUCCCAGAUCAGAUACUGGAAUAUAUUGGGGAUAUACUGUGAGAUUAGCUAAUAAUCUUACAGAGGCAUUAACUCAAUGUCCUUAUAAGAAUGGAUAUGAUUUGACCAUUGGUACUUCAGAUAAAGGAAAUUCUAUUGAUGAUGUGGAAUCAAAAAGUAUUAAAUACCAUCAUGCUUUAAUAAUAUUUGGAGGAUUGUGUGGAUUGGAAGCAGCAGUAGAAAAUGACCCUAAUUUGAAUGUGGAUGAUGCUUCUUUGGUGUUUGAUCAAUAUUUAAAUACUUGUCCUCAACAAGGAUCAAGAACUAUUAGGACAGAAGAAGCUAUUCUAAUCACUUUAGCAGAAUUAAGAACAAAAUUAUUUCCUAAAGUCUCUUUAUUGCCAAAUACCCAGUUUAACAAUUUUACAAAUAUAUAAA